CUUGCUCAUUCACAGCCUGCUUUAUCCAUAGUCAAAGGAAAGAUCAGUUUCUCUGCCUUGAGUAGCACAGUCGUGGUGAGAACAUUCAAAGAGAAGAAAGUGAACUGCGAGGAAGUGGGACAGAGGAACGGGUUGGAAACGCAGGGAGUGCAGAGGAGUCUAUAGUUUUUAGAGAGGGGGAAGGAAAACCAGAAGACCCCUUGCUUUUUCUGAGCAAAGGUGAAGCCAGCUCUGACAACUGAUCACUUGAUCUGAAGACCGUUUAACAGAGGCAGGAGGUUUUGCAACUCAAAAAUGCAGAAACAACAAGAACAGUGUCAGAUAUUUGCAGUUCUUAUCUUCACAUUUAUUUUCCUGCUGGCAGCUGUGAGCACUACCGAGGCUGGCAAAAAAGAAAAAAUAGAGAAGAAGAUGAAAAAAUCAGAUUGUGGAGAAUGGCAAUGGAGUGUCUGUGUGCCUACAAGUGGAGAUUGUGGCCUUGGAACCCGUGAGGGAACUCGGAGUGGCAUUGAUUGUAAGCAGACAAUGAAGACUCAAAGAUGUAAGAUUCCCUGCAACUGGAAGAAGCAAUUUGGAGCGGAAUGUAAAUAUCAGUUCCAGGCAUGGGGAGAGUGUGAUCUAAAUACUGCUCUGAAGACUCGAACUGGAAAUCUAAAACGAGCUUUACACAAUGCGGACUGCCAGAAGACCGUCACCAUUUCAAAGCCUUGUGGGAAGCUUAUCAAACCAAAACCUCAAGAACCCAAGAAAAAGAAAAAAGAAGGCAAGAAACAGGAGAAGCCACUGGAAUAGGGAAGCUAUGCUGGCCAUGAGAAUGGGACUUCCUUGAAUGUAAUUGGUUAACAAGUUUCAUUGACACCUAGUCCUUUUAUCCAGAAGUUAUUUAUAGCUUAAUUGUACAAUAGGGAAAAAUAAGCAUACAAAUGCACCCUCUUUUCUCUCUCUCUCUCUCUCUCUUUUUUAUUCCACUGUUACAAGUUCUCCAACUUGUUGAUCUUCCAAUGAGUCAGACUACAACUGUCACCCAUCAUCUUUUUGGCUGGGCAUGAUGGGAGUUGUAAUGCAACACACCUGGAAUGAUCCAAGUUGUGGAACGUUGAUAUUCUAGUAUUUUAAAUUUAUAAUCUUAGUGGCAUGUGUAGAAAAUUUCAAUAAAGGCAGCAAUAUCAUUUAGUACAUGAGUGCCGUUAUAUAUGAGAAAGUAUAGAUCCAUUUUAAAUUCCUCUUUUACUCUGCCAAGUCCACUUUGGUUCUGCAUGUUUAUGACUUACAUGGGACUCCCAAGUUAUAGCCUAUAAGGGUUCUAUGAUGUCAUAAUGGUCUGGGCAGACAGGCCUUUUUAUGUAUAAAAUAGACAGAACUUCAUCCACCAAGUUUUUAUGUUUUGUAAUAGCAAGAGUAGAUUUCUACAUGCAGAUUGUACCAGCACUGAAAUAGCUAACUUGGUUGUAACUUACAGCUU